ACAAACACAAAACGCCGAGAUUCGCGCAAGUCUUGUAUUUUUCCACCAAACAGGAAAUUCGAUUAAUAAUUCUUCCUCCCUGUUUUUUGUACAGCCUGGGAGGGAUCGAACGAAGCUCCAAAAUAAAGAUAUCAUCACAAGGAAAAUGCAUCACUAGUGAAUCGGAGAAGUUUCUCCUGACCGGGGAUAUUCGUGAGGCGGUGCAAUGAAUACGCUCCGCGAAUGGUCCCCACUGGUGGAACUGGUUAACAAGAUUCCAUCGUCAGUGCAGCGCGGUCUGCUCUUCCACGAUGUGUCCAUCACUUGCAUCGACCUGGUGGAGGAAUUCAUCGCCCUCGGCAGUAACGUUGGUCUGGUAUUUUGGUACAACCGUAAAAGCGGUUCGAUCGAAAGAUUAGCAACAGACAGUGGAUCCCAGGAGCUCACCUGUGUGCGGAUUGCAUCAACGGUCGAAUACAUGGUGGCUGCAGGUUGUCGUGCCGGGCAGGUUAACAUAUUUCAGAUCCCGAAAACUCCACCACCGGAUGUGUGCGCAGAGUUGCUACUGAAAGCCAAACCCAUCGAACGGUACACGGUUCGAGGACUGCAUCGGGCGGGUGUGUGUGAACUGGUGUGGUCAAAGAAUGGUAUGCGAUUGUUCUCCGGGGAUACAGGAGGCGCUGUGGUGCUGACCGAGAUCGGAUAUGCCUCAAAGACAUGCCAAUCGCGUGAAAUUAUCAAUGAACGGUACGAAAUUGUACAGAUGGAUUUAUACCGAAGCAAGCUGCUAGUUUCGAGUUCCUUUCGAACGGUAAUCUGUAGCCCAGAGGAGGAGGAAGGUGGACAACGGUGGCGGGUAGCACAGGUCGGCAAGAAGGAUCGCAAAAUGUUGGCCCCAUUUGGAGCCGUGUUUGCAUCGGUUCAUGGUAAACAGCAGAUCGUCUCGACGCGAUCCGGCUUUCGGUUGUGGCUGGCCGAUGAUGAAGGCAACGUAGCACAAACGCUCAUAUUUAAAGAGCUUAUGCGUGCAUCCUGCCCGGAGAUAGGAUUACUCAAUCCAAGUCGCAAUCCGAUUCGGAUACCUACCACCUUCGGCAAACUGUAUCCAUUCGAGGGUCAUCGAAUGGUGUCGGUGGCUAACGGAGCCCUGUUUCUGCUUGACCUUGAACGGAUGGCUGUUGUAGGGAGUCUGACACGCCUUCGUCACAUCCUAGACGUGGCAAUCGAUCGUAACGAGAUACUAAUCCUAGAGAGCGCUCGAUCAUUGGUACGGAUUGCUACCCUCCCAGAUAGUAGCCAGUCUACGAUUGUGUUGAAAAACUUGGAACUGUUCGUCAGUGCGGAGUCUCAGAUUGUGCAAGCGGAUGAGUGCUGUGAGGAAGCGCCGGUCGAACUGUUCGUACGGAACGGGGAAUCUCCCGGCAGUUCGCUAUCCUGUGAUGAUCGGGCCGACUCGGUGGAUGGCGGUGGAGUCGAUAACGAUGCACGGCUUAUCGACAGUCAUAUGAAAAAGUUGGAACUGUUUGACACCUUGAACGAGCUGAAGUACGACGAAUCGAUUCUUUUCAAGAGUGGUCGAAGCCGACGGAAGCAUCGCUCGAAGGCGAAUCCAAUCGUUGAGAUAGGGCAGAUCCCGAAAGAGAUUGAACCGGAAGGUGGAGAACCGUCCGGUAGCUAGGUGGAUAUCUAGAAAGGUAGAUCCUAUAUAAUUACGCUUAUUUGUAGGAAUGCGGAAGGAAAACGCGCGGUGCUUUGAAAGGUGUAUUCUCUCUUCUAGCUAAACCAAUCGUUUCGCAAACGAAUCUCUCUCUUUAGUUGCAUCAUGACAUGGCUGCAAACCGGAAGUCUGACACGUUGUAGGAACGAAAAGUCGAAAUAUUUCGUAGUACAGAGAACUUCGUUUAGUUUGUUUUUAACCAAUAAUCAAGCGUUAGAGAACCAUGGCACGGUUAAUUUUUAGCAGCACACGCGACACAGCAUGUAUGGAUUGUUACUCAAUUUACUAUAAUUUCGUGUUUCCUGUUAUCGUCUUCUGUCGCGCUCUGUGUCCAUACUUAGCGCAGAUGCUACUUGUGAUUAUAUACUAUAAUUAAAGAGGAAUAAACUAUUUUGUUAUGCUGU